AUGAUGAGUGUUAAAAAUAACACACAGGUCCUUGUCAACUGUAGGAAUAACAAAAAGCUUCUUGGCCAUGUGAGGGCUUUUGAUCGCCACUGUAACAUGGUGCUAGAAAAUGUUCGGGAAAUGUGGACAGAGGUGCCAAAGACUGGCAAAGGCAAGAAGAAAGCUCUUCCAGUUAACAAGGACAGGUUUAUCAGUAAGAUGUUCCUUCGCGGGGAUUCAGUUAUAAUUGUCCUCAGAAAUCCCAAUUUGCUCCCUUCAGCCUGGGUAGCAAGCCCAUACAUGGAAGGGUGGAUCUACUUCCGAUUCUUGAAGAAUUUAGCCGAUGGUUAUCAUUUUGAAGUUCUUGUUUAUUACGCAGUUGAUGUAUGA